AUGCAAUUCGUUCGGUCUACCCUCUUGGAUGCACUCAUUGCCAUCCGGGAAAUCCCUAGAGUUUGUCUACAUUCACUCAACAUCACCGGCCAAUGUGGCAGAAUCAAGCUACACUUUGGCUUGACCAAACAACAACUACACUCAAAGGAAUCAGUGUGUAUAGGUCCAAAUUUUAACCAAUUAAACAAGUGUAAAACACUAAUAAGGUCUUGGUUGUUGUACCGUGAAAUGGGAUCCGGAAAGGCCCGUUUCUAUGACACUGUGAGAAAGACGCUACACUAUAAGGAACACCCAAGUCUUGAAGGUACCAGAUUCCUGGGAUCAACAUUCGGUUGGGUUGUCAUGUCCAACUCCGUUUCCUUACAGCAACGCAAUCACCACCAAACUUUCUUAUUCAACCCUUUCACUUUACAACGGGACGAACUACCCUCUCUCAUCAUUGGAAACCCACAAUAUCCCAGGACUGUGGUCCGUUACGGUGUGCUCACCGGAAAUCCACGUGAAGACAACACUUAUGUUUGUCUCUUAAUCGAUGACUUUCGCAUAUAUGAUUUCAUGGAUGUUAUGAAUCAUCCUAGGCUACACAUUUAUUAUGUAGCCAAGAGGAACGGAAACUGGUCUCAGCAUUGGUUAGCGACUUCUUUCCCUGCUUUAAACAACCUUCCAAUUCAUGGCUCGACUAUAGAGUCCAUCUCCCCAUGUGCGGACAAAAUAUCAUUUAUUAUAAGGGGCCAUAGUUUUGACUUCACCUUCCAAUCCCAUGACUGGAGUGUCAGAGAGACUCAAGAGAAUGAUCCCAUCGAAUGGAAUCCUUUCCACGGCCAACCUUUUCACCAGAUAAAACAUCGACUUCAGAUAUCUCCACAGAUUCCCACAACUCUAGCCAUUAUUGGCACUAAAACCGGUCGCCAGAGGGUGAAAAACCGCACUUGGGAGGAUGGCAAUCCUAGCGUUUCUUACAUUGAAGGAGUUUGGGUUGAGGUUCGCGCUUAGCAUGAUGUUUCUUCUCUUUUAUAUCUAUCUACGUACCUCCCUCAUGACUCGCAAGUUAUAUAUCUGUUCUUCUUUUCGUUUUAAUAUGCGUGUGGUUUAAGAUUUGUAGUAUUUACUAUAUUUUAUUGUGUUGCAAGCUCUACUAUACUUAUUGUGGUUUGGUUAAA